AGAGAGAGAGGGUAGAGAAGAGGAGAGACUGAGAGAGCGAAACCCAUAAUGCACUGCAUGCUGCAGGGCUAAAGUCGUGCAGAUUCAUCAGUUCCUGUUUGAGGGGUUGUGUGCUUGUGUGGAAGCGUGCACACACCCAUAUGGCCAGGGCGAGCGCAGAAGAAUCACACACAGAGAGGCAAGCAGAGAGAAGUGCCUUCAUGUGCUGACCCGCAUGUGUGUUUGGCUCGUCUGAAGCCGCCUGUGCCUGCCCAAGUUUGUUGGGUCUGCCGGGUCGCACCAAGAGCACCAGGUCUGCCAUGACUGCCAUGACUGCCAGCCCCAUCCGCUAAGGCCGUCCGUCUGUGUGCAGCUGACGCCUCCUGCCUCUCCUCCCUCUGUCCUGCUCAUUCUACCAUCCAUGCUUCUCAAGCUUCCUCUGUGGAGGCCAGACACUUCCCCUUCCUCAGCAGACAGAUAUUGAAGACAACCAGCUUUUAUCGGCUUCUGAGGACUGAACAAUUUUUUUUUACUGCUGUCCUCCAUGCCAGCCUUUCUCUCCUGCAGCUUUCUUCCUUCUGCUGGCCCUGCGUUCUUUCAUCAUGGGCCAAGCUUGAUCGAUAAUGUGUUUGGCUGUUCAUCUCAUCUGACGGUUCAACUGACAAGCGAGUAAAUUGAGAGAACUGGUAUUCUGUGUGUGUGCGUUAAGAAAGAGGUUACAAGACAAAGCUCUCUGGUCAGCAGCAUAGAUCCUGGUUGGCAGGCUCUGAAUGACUCCUGUUUAACCCACAAACAUACUCCUGGGAUGGACUGCAGAUGUUAGGAGAGCCCAAGGCCUAACAGACAUCUUUCAGAUCACAACCUUGAAGAACAGCCCUGAAAACCGGGCUUUGUUUCCCAUGUCCUCAACCUAUCCUUUCUCAUUAUUUGUCCCAGUUUUAUUAGGAACUUACAGCCCUACAUACAGUUCUUUUUGCUUGAUAGCUGAUCUCCCAAAAAGACCCCUCUUGCCUAGUUUGAAAUGGCAGUGAAUGUGACGCCGAUCCGGGACACAAAGUGGCUGACACUGGAGGUUUGUCGAGAAUUCCAGAGAGGAACAUGUUCGCGACCGGACAAUGAAUGCAAGUUCGCCCACCCUGCCAAGAGCUGUCAAGUGGAAAACGGCAGAGUCAUUGCUUGUUUUGACUCACUCAAGGGACGCUGUUCUAGAGAGAAUUGCAAGUACCUGCACCCACCUGCCCACCUAAAGACACAGCUGGAGAUCAAUGGAAGGAACAACCUCAUCCAGCAGAAAAACAUGGCCAUGUUGGCGCAACAGAUGCAGCUCGCUAAUGUCAUGAUUCCAGGAGCCCAGCUACAACCAGUACCCAUGUUUUCAGUCACGCCCAGCCUUGCAACGAAUGCCAAUGCUGCUGCAGCAGCAGCCGCUGCAUUUAACCCUUACCUUGGCCCUGUGUCACCAAGCUUGAUGCCCGCUGACAUCUUGCCAAGUGCACCUGUACUGGUCACCAGCAACCCCAGCAUCCCAGUACCUGCCGCUGCUGCCGCCGCUGCUGCGCAGAAGCUUAUGAGGACAGACAGACUGGAGGUAUGCCGGGAAUACCAGCGAGGUAACUGUACACGAGGGGAGAACGACUGCCGCUUUGCACAUCCGGCAGAUAGUACUAUGAUUGACACCAAUGACAACACAGUCACCGUGUGCAUGGACUACAUAAAGGGCCGCUGCACGAGGGAGAAGUGCAAGUACUUUCACCCUCCAGCUCACCUGCAGGCCAAAAUUAAAGCCGCUCAACAUCAAGUCAACCAGGCUGCAGCGGCUGCAGCCUUGACUCAGUCGCCUGUCAAAUCACUGAAGCGGCCCCUCGAUGCAACUUUUGAUCUGGGGCUCCCUCCUGUCUUGCCUCCUUUACCAAAGAGACCUGCACUUGAAAAAGCCAACGGUGCCAACACUAUGUUCAAUGCUGGCGUUUUCCAGUAUCAACAGGCCCUGGCCAACAUGCAGUUUCAGCAGCAGGCUGCCUUCAUACCGUCAGGCUCGAUAUUGUGCAUGACACCUGCAACAAGUGUUGUACCCAUGAUGCACGGUGCUUCUUCAGCCACUGUGUCUGCAGCCGCCACAUCUGCCACAAGUGUUCCCUUUGCAACAGCAACAGCCAAUCAGAUUCCAAUAAUAUCUGCAGAUCAUCUGAAUAGUCACAAGUAUGUGACCCAGAUGUAGGAGUCUCAGUCAUACAAUGGAUCUGGAGAUGGAGUGAGCUGGUCUGAAGUCUAAGAUUAAAGGUGAACCUUCAUACAACAAGAGCUGGAUUGGUUUGGAGUAAAUCUGCAUGUCAACAUAGAAGGAACAGUUUAUUAGAAAGGUUCUCAUGUGAAGUUCACCACGGUCACACAACAACUGAUAAAAGAGCAUCAUUUGCAUUUAAAUGCGUGCCUCAUGUUUGCAGAGGCAACUAACCUUUAUUCACCAGACACAUUUUGAAUGUCAACAUAAGGUUAACUUGUGGAGGUGUCAUCAGGACUGAAUAGGUACAUCCGCUGACCAAGAAUAAAGACUUAUGUUAUCUGUUUAUUCAUUGAUUGUUGGUCUCUGAAUUCUAAUGUGUUCAUUUGUUUACACCGAGGUGCACCUUGCAUUUAAUUUAAGGUAAAGGAACAGAUAAUCUGACUGAACCACAUAUGCAUGCAUAAUGUUAUUUUUUUCUGGCUCUAUUUUUCCAGCUGUUAUGAGGAAAUUUACCCAAGAAAAGUCAGAGUUAGAGGCUAAAAGACAACUGAAUGUCUGUGAGAUGUCUUUUAAACCUUUGUAACUUACUUUUUUGUCUCUUAAGCACAUGUCUUUUAUCCCACAGGGAUCCCUGUAAAGUGCCAUACAUCUCAAAAUAAUUAGAAGCUGUAUUCGUGCAGUGUUACAAAAAAUUUUAACUUAACAAUUCCCUUUAAAACAUGCAUACAUGUUUAGAUUGUUUCGGGACAGCAUGUCAUAAUCAUUUCAUAUGAUUUCUAUAUAACACUCCAGAUUAUUUGAUUCAGUUACUUAAAUAUUCUACUGAUUGAAAAAUUUUUUUUUACUAUAUUAUUUUAUAGCUGGCUUAUGUCAGAUGUUUAUAGAUACAACAGUUGUAUCUACAGAGAUCUAUUUGUCUGUGCCAAUAUGGGUAGGGUGUUGUCAAAAUAUUCAUACUCCGUUUCACAUUUUGUCAAACUACAAUCAGAAAAAACACAUUUUGCUUUAAUCAGAGCUGCAACUUAUUUGUUGUAUGUCUCUGUAUCAUCUUUGCAUACAUAGAGACUGUAACCUUAGCCUAUUCUUUGUUAACCCUUAUAAGUGUGCUGUAGCAAUUUAAGUUAAAUGUAGGUGUACAGUAAGGCAAAACUCUCCCUUAAUUGAAGGUCUGUUGUAGCAUCUAACAGGGUUUCUUACGGUUUACUUUAUUAUUUUACUUACAGUUUACUUCAAUAUUUGAUAUAAACUCUAGCCAGGUUUUCUCUUCUGCUGAAAAAUCCCCCCCAUGCCAAGCAUGCUUGUUUUCAGCCAAACUCCAUGUUUUGCCCUGCAGGUGGGUUUUAAAAACAAUAGGAUUUCAUUUAAGGAGAUCAGAGCAAUCAAGACUAAAUAUACACUUCAGAUUUUUAGUUUUCAAAAUUUAAGACAUACUUUAGGGUUAUUGAACAUUACACUCAUGUGUUACUCUACGUUGGUGUGUCAUAAGAAAAUUCCGGGAAUAUAUAUUUUUAAGUUUGUGAUUUACAAGUGACAAAAUUAAAUAAUGCAAGGUAUUGAUACUUUUUCAACACAGUUUAAGUUGCAUGUGGGUUUGAAUGAGAGACCAAAGACUCUCUCUUUGAUAAAAAUAUCACUGAUAGAAUGAUAGAAAUAAAUGAAAUAACUGCUGUAAGGCCAAACAGAAAAUCUGUAAAGCAAUUUCUGAUGAAUGUGUACUUGAUCAAAUAACUUGAUUUGUUUUUCUUGUAUAUGGUAAUGCAGAAACUAAGGCAGGUUUUCAAAGAAAAGUAAUAGUGGUGAGUGUUUGUAUAUAUCGUCUGACAUAUUUAAGAGUGUUUGUUUGAUACCCGAAAAACCAUUUUUCAGAUAGUCACCCAAAGUCUUUUUGUGUCAGUGUUAAUACGUGUUGAUUAUGAGUAGACUAGAGGGAGUGUCUUUUAAAGGAUGUCCAGCUCAAAGAAGGUUUGGAUCUUUAGAGUAGAUCUAACUACUUGUUUGUCCAUUUUUUAUUUUCUUUUUCUAUGUUUUUAAGUGAUUUGUGUUGGCAUAUUUAAUUGUUGGAUAGGUCAGGUUUAACAAGUGUCAGAAUAUUCAAACUGAUUGUAUUACUCAUCCAAAGCCUUAGAAUGUACCAUUGGGUCAGCACAAUGCAACAUGCCAUUUUAAACCAUGCAGCUGCCUAAUUCACGCCAUAUUACAACACACACAAGGCACUAAGUGAUUGUCACUUGUGAUUCUUGCAUGUGUUUUCUUAACUCUUUCUUUUUUCUUAGGAAAGGAGUGUUUUUCUUUUGUUUUUUAUACUUAGAUAUUAGUUCCUAUUUUUAGUUUUGCUGAUGAUAUUUAUCUUUAUAAUAAUGACUAUAUUAGGGACAUUGUGUGUGUGUGUUUGUUUGUGUGUCCUCCAUUCAGAGUUUCCUGAGAUUCCAUGUAAUGUUACACUUAGUAUGAUAAUGAUUGUAAGCUUGAUAUUUUCUACGUUAUGCAUAUUGUUGAACUGUAUGCAUUUGAUUCAUUUCUCUAGUUGUUCUGUGUUCUUUGAGCAAAGAUGUUUUAUAUGACUAACAGUGUUGAAAGAACAGAAACGGACAGGCUGAGUUGUCACUGUGACAACAACAGUCAAUAACUGACUAAUAUUUUAACAACUGUUAGAUUUUUAACUAGUCUUAUAAUUUAAAAAUAUUAUCUAAAAGUCUAGUUGAUGUUUAGAGAAAAUUUUAUUUUCUACUUUAUCCAUUUCGAAUAGUAACUAUUGUUUUAUUAUUUCUACUCUCCCUGGAAAUUGGGCCAUGUUGGAAAACAAGCUGCAUAUUAAAUCACUUUUACAGGCAUUGUUGGCAUGGUGAAGGUAAACAUGGCGAGCGAGGGAACUGAAUCCACUGUACUAGCCUUUAACUUUGCCAGCUGCAAACAACAAGGGUUAAGGGUGGGGAAUACUAUGGCGAUAAAGGUAAUAAAUGUUGACUUUUUUGCACUUCUGUACAUAGUCAAAAAAGAGAGAAUCAUGUAUAUUGAGAUCUUAUUUUGAAUAAAAAAUAUGUCUGAUGACAGGGAAUUUUGCUAGCACAACAAAAAAAAAAAAUAUUUCGAAAGGCUGAACAAACAUUGCUUGCAUUUAAAGGGGGCUGAGUUCUCACUCUCCUACCCCUUUCAGAAUAAAAGGCCAAGUGUUGCUCUUCUUUUUUGUCAGCAGCUUGUAGUUUGCCUGGUAACCUUCUGGAAGGUGGGCCUCCACAGCCCUCCUGCAGCGCAAGAGCCUGACUGGGUUUGUCUGGUUUCAUUAAGCUGCCUGCACUGACAGGUCUGCACCAUGACUACGCCCAGCCAGGCCCCACCUACCACAUGUCCUGUUUAUUUACCUAACUCAAAGUGGAAUGCAUGUCAAAGGAAAAAACAUAUACUGUUACAAAAUCUUCUCAACACAGUAAUAUUGAAUAAGAAAUCAUUUACAUAGAAAGAUGUAUUUACAGUAUACAAUAUUCUAUCAAUGUAAUGGAGUAAAAUAUAUAUGAAAUAAAAAAUAGAAUAGUGGUUUAUAAAAAAAAAAAAAAAAGAUUCCAGAGACUAUACUUACUAAGGUGUUACCACUUGGAGAAAUAAAAUACAUGCAACACAAACACAAUAGCUAUUAAGUAUUUACUUUAUGUUUAUGUAAGCUGUGCUUGUAGAAGAGGAAAAAGAUAAAACAGAAAUAUCAGUGCAACAUUGAAUAGUAUCUUGAAGAAAUCCCAAAUUAUGAGCAAUCUUCCCUCUAAAUGUUCAAUGUGUCUGGGCAUAUGUACAUACUCAUUUCCUUGAGUACACUGAAGACCACUGUGAGCAAUAUUAGAUCUGCAUGCUGUGGUCACACACCAGCAUUAGAGCUGUUAUAAACCAGGAUCAAGUUACAUGGCUUAUUAGAAGAAUUAGAUGACAGAAGCUAUUUCCAUUAGUUACUUUUAAUAUAAGUGAUCAGGGCCAUUUCAAAUAAAAAACCUAAAUUUGGUUCAUUAGACGUGAAGCAUGUUUUGCUGUAUGUAAGAGUCCUGCUUUCCCAGGAUGGAAGAAAUGAGACGUUGACAACUUUUGUUCACGUUGAGACAUCACCAUUUUCCUCCAUGAAACGUGUGCUGUAACUUGUGAUACAGUGAAUGAACAUUUCUGGUACUCUUCUCGGUGAAAUAUUUAACUACAGAUUGGAUGACAAAAUAAUAUGUGUCUCAUUUGUUUUUCAAUUUUAAACCAACAAAGAAAAUAAUUUAUUUAUUUAUUUUUUUUAACUUGGCUUCAUAAAAAAUAAAAAAAACGAAAGAACAAUUCAUUUUUAAUUCGCUCCUACAUUCAAUAUGAAAAAAGACGUCUAGCUUAUGCAUUUGUUUUUUAAACCUUCUGUAUGCUCUGAUUAAUGAUGAAGAAGAUAGGUGAAUCCCAAAGGCUUUUUUGGACUUAUACCUCUGGCAAUCUAUAAUUAACCGUUUUAGUUCCUUAUGAAUUCUAAGACUUUUAAACUUAAAUAUACACUGCUGGAAAAAUAAAGGGAACACGUAAAA